UAGAUUGGGUUGGGAUAUCUGGUCGGCAUGGACGGGUUGAAGGGUCUGUUUGGGUGCUGUACAUCUCUGGGGACUGUAUACACCUGGGAAGCCCGGCUGCCAUUGUCGCUCGAUUUUUGGGCGGAGAUGCUUUCUCUCACUCGCUCUCCUCUGUUUCUCUCUCUCUCUCUCCCCAGAAAACUGCGGGAGGAGCUGAAGCCUGUCGCUUCUCUCUCCCCUCUACUUAUUUCGCCCUCCUCCCCACUUCCGCCGCUUUGGACCACGUAAACACUUGGUGGAAUACAACAAGGGCCCGGGACUGCAAAAGGGGGCGGGGUGUGGCUUCACAAAUAGUUCUGUCCACUUUCUCUCCGAGCUCCUGGGUUGAGAGAGACCUGGAGGAUUUUCCCCCUGAAGGACUAGCUCAAGAAACCGGAGGGAGAACGGUGCUUAAAUACCAGAGGCCAGAACUUGAGGCUGUCGCUGAAUUCUACGAGGUGGUUCCCAGGAGGCUCUGAGCAGGAUGGCUGUCACCUCUCAGCUGGUGUGUCUCCUGAUUUGUUUGCAGUGUCUGUGGGGCCCAGCUGACAGUGGCAAGCUGCUGGUUAUUCCUGUCGAUGGGAGCCACUGGCUGAGUUUGCAAGUCAUAGUGGAGGAGCUCCACAGCCGAGGACACCAGAUAGUUGUGGUGAAACCUGAACACAGCUUAUUGAUCAAGACAUCACUUCACUACACCACCCUGACCCAUCCCACUUUCUACAGCAAAGCUGAGGUGGACGAAUUGUAUGACAGCCUCAUACAGAUGGCGUUUUAUGAUGGGACAUUUUACCAAAAGCUGAGCCAAACCCUGCAACACGUGCACAGAAUCAGGCAGUUCUUCCUUCGUAUCUGUGAGGAUCUCCUAUCUAGCACCAGGCUCCUGGAGGAGCUGGCCAGAGAGUCUUUCGAUGCUUUGCUGACUGACCCUUUCAGCCCGUGCGGCGCCAUCAUUGCGGAGUAUCUGUCCCUGCCCUCGGUCAACCUGCUGCGAGGACUCCCCUGCGGUUUGGACAACUCGGCCACGCAGUGCCCCAGGCCACUCUCCUACGUGCCGAGAAUUUUCACCGGGAACACCGACCAAAUGACCUUCCUCCAAAGGACUAAAAACGUGCUGGCCAAUUUCGCCGAGUCGCUGCUGUGCUGGUUCAUCUACUCCCCUUUCGAAGAGCUUGCCCAGAGGUUCCUGCAGAGGGACGUGACCCUGGUCCAACUGCUGAGUAACGCCUCCAUCUGGCUGAUGCGUUAUGACUUCAUCCUUGAGUACCCGAAGCCCCUGAUGCCAAAUAUGGUGCUAGUGGGUGGCAUCAACUGCAAGGAGAGAAAACCUUUACCACAGGAUUUAGAAGAGUUUAUGAACAGUUCUGGAGAACAUGGAGCUGUGAUCUUCUCCCUGGGAUCAAUGAUGGCGGACAUGCCAGUCAGAACAGCCAAUCAGAUUGCUGCAGCUUUGAGUCAAAUUCCUCAGAAGGUUCUGUGGAGGCACGCUGGGGAAACUCCUUCGACACUGGGAUCAAAUACUAAACUGGUGAAGUGGCUGCCACAGAAUGAUCUGCUGGCACAUCCCAAAACGCGGGCAUUUCUGACCCACGGAGGGUCACAUGGAGUCUAUGAGGCUCUCUGCAGUGCUGUUCCAAUGGUAUUAUUGCCGUUGUUCGCGGACCAGAUAGAAAAUGCAGAACAUAUGAAGCAUCGUGGAGUUGGUGUACUCCUGAGUCUGAAAGGUCUCAGCUCUCAGGAUCUAAUCGAAGCCUUGAACACGGUCAUCAAUGACACCAGAUACAAGGAAGUCAUCACCAAGAUGUCUACCCUAUACAGGGAUCGCCUGAUGCAGCCGGUGGAGAUCUCUGCCUAUUGGGUGGAGUUUGUGAUGAGGCACAGAGGAGCUGAACAUUUACGAACUGCUGCUCACGGCUUCAGCUGGAUCCAGUACCAUUGCCUGGAUGUAUUUGGGACUUUGGCUGCUUUGGUGUUUUUGUUCUUCUGGUUGGUGUACAAGUGCUGCUCGUUCUGUCUACGCAGGGCAAGAAGUCGAGCAAAGAGGAAGUGUGACUAACGUGCCUUUUUUUUUUAAAAUUAAAAAAAUUAAAGUGCGGCUUCCUUAGAGUACCUGAUAGUCUGGUAGAAACAUUGUUCCUGGUGUGUGGGCAUGUCCCAUAAGUGCUGUCUGCCAACUGAGUCCACCAGCAUUCAACCGUUCUGUUUCUCACAGAACCAUGGUAUCUCUUUGAAGUCAACACGCUAGUCACCUCCUGGCCAUAGUUCAUAUGAAAUUAAGCAGUUCAUUAAUUUUUUGUCUUCUAAGAGAGAAAUGCUGAAUACAUUCAAAAUCAGCUUGAUGCAAUGAUUCUAUUGCUUUAAUUAAAUGAUGACUUUUGUAAGCAGCCUUUUUUUUCCUCUUUUGAUAAGUUUUAUUUCGGCAAAUUGUGCACUCCCAAGUUUUAGAAAGGGUGAAUAAUUUAGGACCUUCCCUCCUAACAGCACAGUAUAGGAGUAUUGACCAUCUGUGAACUGCAUCAUUUGAGCUUACCACCAUCUUUGAGUGCAAUUCAACAACAUAUGCUGUGCCUGCUAUGAAUCCCCACAUUUGUGAAUGAAUAGAAGUCCUUUUAUAUGACAAAGUAAACAAUAAGUAAUUAUUUACCUUGAUUCAAUGAUUGAACAAAACCUCACGUGUAUCAUGGCUGAUUUCAUUGGCUUCUGACAGCCAGACCAAGUCACGUCAUUAUGAUAGCCCAAAGUUGAUCUGCCUCAAAUCAUGUCGCUUUGUAAAUAUGCAAGUUAGGGUCCUCUGUGAUGUGCAUAACUCAGUUGGCAGCACUCUCCCAUCUGCACCCUGGCUUCAAUUCCCUAUUCCCCAAGAAUUGGGCAUGCAACCAGGCUAAUUCGAUACUGCAGCCGUACCAAUGGAGUGCAGCGCUGGUGGCGGUGUGGUUUUUCAGUUGAGACAUUAAACCAAGUUCCUGUUUGCCAUCUGCAGUGGAAUGAAAAGAUUCUGUGGCACAAUUCCGAGAAAAGCUGUGCAGUCCCUUUGGCAUCAGCAACAUCACUCCAACAGAACACCUGCCAUUAACUCAAUGCUGUUUGGGAGAACUUGCUGAAACUCUGUAAUGUAAUUUGUGUCUUGUGAAAAUGGGAAUUAAACUGAAUUAUAUAUAAUUUGGUUUGGAACUGCAUAAGUUCAUAGUACUCAUAUUGUUUAAUUUUAUGUACAAUAAAGAUUGUUUUGUUUUGA